ACUUCAAGGUGGUCUGAUUGUGGAAGAAAGGAAAAUUUGCUCAUCACGGUUAUCACGGUGCUUGUGAAAAAUUCAGAAUAAUUCCUUAUUUAAUGCAAAUUCACAGGAUGUUUUAGUUUCCACUGUGAAUUAAAGGAACAGGCAUUCCCUAAAAUGUUAAUUUGUACUCAUAAAUCUUGUGUGGAGUGAGAAAAUUGAGUUCGAAGAACCGGAAGAAAGUUGACGAAGACAUUUUUUUUUCAUUUAAUUUCAUCAAUUUUUAAAAGACUGAUAACGGGGUAAUCAAGUCCCGAAGCCUCCGGAAUACAUCCAGGAACAAAGAGGCAAUAGUUUUCCUUUCAUUGCACCAAGUAUGAGUGAUUUAAGCGACAAUGCCAGUGAUGGAGAUAGUCUUACACCCUCAGAGGGGUCCUGCAGUGGGGCAGCCAGUGAUGGGAGGAAGGAUUUCAAGGGAGUUAUUGCAACACUCAAAAGAAAUGAGCUCAUCUUUGCGGAAUCCUCAUUCACCGUUUCGCCAGUUUCCGACUUGAGUAAAAACCUCUUCCUUGCCUCACUGACUCCGAGGCUAACCUGGAGAAGAAAAGAUCACUCACCAACGGUGGACAGUGAAUUUUCAAACACCUACCUAUCCGGAGGGAAAUCUUCUCGCCUCAUCAAUAAUUCAUUCACAUUAAAUUCCACCUCAAGAUCAUCCCCAAUGCGUCGGGGUGAGAGUCGCGUUCGUGGCAGUAGACGUGGAAAUUUGGCACCUUUGUGCAUUAGCUAUGAUUCCCCGGAGAAAUCUGCCAUGUCAACGGAGGAUCUAUCACUGUAUGCCGGUAGCAGUCCCCAACCUAGUCCACGUCCAUGCUCCAUCAGUCCAUGCAUGGAUAUGGGUGCAUUGCUGUCGCCAGAAGUCAGUCCAACACGUUUCCGUGUGAUGCCUGUGGAGGAGGUGUCGGUGUCCCAGUCAGCCCCAAGGCGCUCCUUUGAGGAGAUCGAUGCAAAUUCCAUGGAUAGUGGGUACAGUGCAAGUUUCGGUGCAUCAGAUGGGAGCUCCGAAAACAAGGGGAAUGCCUUUGAAUUUGCUCAACCACUGGCAAUUGCACCCAGGCGUAUUGAGCCAUCUCCACGAAAGACCCCAACCUCCCGCGGAAGUAGCACCACAAUGUCCCCACACAAUCGUACACCCACCAAUAGCCGGGGAUACCGUGUUUUCCACAGCCUCUCAUCGGGCUCCAUGGAAUCCAUGGAUGAUGACUACAUGGAGUUGUUUGACAUUGAGACAAUGGAUUGCGAAUCUCAGAUGCCUAGCAAUAUCACCUCACUCAUUAGUGGAGACAUUAAAAAUCUACGGUCCACCCCAGAGACGAAGAGGCCACUCGUGCGGCGUUGCCUGUCGUUGGUUGACUCAUCAUUGGACAGCAGCAGUCCCAGAUUACCGCUCGAACCGAAAACACCAGAAUACCCCAGUCCCCUGAGGAUGUCAAUGGUGCGGAACGCAACUGUUCGCUCCGAGGAGUGCGCGAAGGCAUUUAAGCGACCUGAACCAAUGGUUGGGAGCCCUGUGCAGAGUAAACGGUACAAGAGUGAGCUCAACGUGAGCAUGGACAUGAGCCCGCUCACGCCACUCUUUGCCAAUCAUCAAUCAGACAAAGAGAAUGCACGCAACAAGAUUAAUCUGCCCAAGAGGAAUCUCCUCAAGAAGUCCAUCUCACUCAAUGAGACUGUCAUCAUGAAUGCCCUCAGUCGAUCUAUGACAAAUCCUGAUCUAAUCGGAGACUUUAGUAAACCCUUCUGCCUUCCAUUACUCGAGGGUGGUCGUCAUAAGGAUCUCAAAUCAAUAUCAGUGCAUACAAUGUCAAAUCUCCUGAGGGGAUGCUACGGGGAUUCCGUGGCAACGUUCAAGGUUAUCGACUGCCGCUAUCCGUAUGAAUACGAGGGGGGUCACAUAGCUGGAUCUGUGAAUCUCUACACGCAGGAGCAAAUUCUCGAGGAGCUCGUAACAGCAAAGACUGAAGUUGCAGACAUGGGGGAUGCAAAGAGGCAUAUAUUGGUGUUUCACUGUGAAUUCUCUUCAGAGCGUGGACCAAAAUUAUCACGCUUCCUGCGAAAUCACGAUCGACACUGCAAUGAGGAUUCCUAUCCAGCUCUUCACUAUCCCGAAAUGUACCUCCUUCACGGUGGCUACAAAGAAUUCUACGAGACAUACCCUGAUCUGUGCGAACCACGAUCGUACAGACAAAUGCUUGAUCCAGGAUAUUGUGAAGAGUACAAAAAUUUCCGGGCCAAAUCAAAGAGCUGGACUGGAGAUGGUAAAGUCACAUCAACCAAUAGACUUAUGAAGUCAAGAUCGCGGUUAAUGCUCUAAAAAAAACAAUGAAAGAUCGCAAAAUAAGUGAGAAAAAGGUGAGAGAUUUUGUUGUGAGCAAGUGACUCCGAAAACAGUGCGCUUAUUUUUGUUGUUUUUCCCCUUUUUUAUAUAUAUAAAUUUUAUAUCUGGAAAAUGCAAUUUAUCCCAGAUUCCAAUUAAAAAAAAAAGAAAAGAAAGGAAAGAUGAAGAGUUAAUCUCGUGUGAGAUCUUGGGCAUACAAAAAAGAAAAGAUCAUUCAACAACAUGAGCAUUAUCUUUGGCGCUCUCAUGUCAGGGAUAAAAUCAACUUCGAAGUGCAAAUAUCUUUAGAAAAUAAUUUAGUUUAUAGUUUAAUUUAACAAAACCCACACACACACACAUACAAAAUUUAAUAGUAUAUUGUACAGAAUAGAGGAUCCUUUUUUCUACUUCAAUUUCACACAAAAAAAAACACGAAUGGGGAGAAAGCUUUGAGGCUCUUUUUUAUACACUUAGGGGUUUUUUUUUAUAAGACAAACCAAGAAUCUUUCUCUCUCUCUGCAUUUAUUAGUUCAUUUUUUUAAUUAGUUUUUUUUCUCCUUAAACUGCCAUGUCCAAUGGAGAGGAAGAUAAGUCGCGCAAAAUAAUAAUUUAUCUGUGAUGUGAAAGAAGAUUUAUAAAAUGGCUUAAAGGGAAAUUUUUUGUUAUAAGUUUUAGGCACAAAAUUGUCCUUCAUUUAUUUGGUUUACAUUUUCAAGAGAAAAACAAAAGAAGAAAGAAAAGGAAGAUAAAAUGAGAAAGAGAUAAGACGAAAAGAAAAAAAAAUCAAAGAUCAUCUACAAGACUUACAAUUCGAUUUUAUAAUUAAUUAUAAACAUUGCUUUUCUCCCCACACACACAAAAAAGCAUUUAAUUUUAAUUCAUGAGAAAAAUUAUAAAUUCUGUCAGCUUCACAUUUGAAAGAGAAAGAUGAUAAAUAAGAUAUUUUUUGUGAAGCCCAAUUUUUGAUAACUUUAUAAAAAAAAAAACAAGAUAAUAAUUUAAAGAAAAUUCGCUAGUGCAACAAUAGAAAUUUAUAUAUAAAUGUAUUUAGGAAAUGUUUAGGGAAUAUUUGUUCUAAAAAGUUUAAUUAAAAAAAAUAAAUGAUUGUGAUGUAAAAAAAAGACAGAAAGAAAUAAUAUGGGACAACAUGCGAAAGGAACAUAAAGUAAAAAAAAAGAAACAUUAAAUUGACUUUGAUAAAAAAAAAAUGGUUUCCAAAUUGGAAAGUACCUGGCGCGUAGAAGAAAAUUAAUAACUUAAAAAAAGAAGAAAAAUAAUCAUUAUGUUUUGUGCAGUGUGAGCGUUCCUUUUAUUCUAGAUUUUAUGUCGUUUGAAGAGUUGUUUUUUCUAUAUUCAAUUUUAUAUUUUUUUUCUUCAUGUAAAAGUGUGAGAACAAGAUGCGAUUGCAUUCUUUAAGAGACUUAUUAAAAAGAAACUGCCCUUCAGGUUAGCCAAUGUCCUGAAAUUGUAUCACAAAAAAAUAAAUUCUUCUAACAUUGUUGAAAAGAAGUCAAAUUAUUUAAUUUUCGUAGAGGCAAAUUCUUUCUCAAAAAUAAAUGUUGGAUUCAUUGCAAAAUCUUGCAUUUUAAUCAAUUGGAUUGUACAAAGAAAAUCUAAUCUAAAAUUUUAUUUUUUUUUUUUUUUGAAAUUUAAAUUAAUUGGUCUAUUUUUCUAGCACAAUUUUUUCUAUUCUCUAAAACCUUGUGGAUUAGUAUGAAUUUUUUUUUAAAUUAAAAUUGAAAUGAAUUAUUUUAUCAAAAAAAAGAAAGAAAAAUUAAAUUUUAAUGCAGAGCCAAAUGUUGAAAACUUUGCACUGCUUGUGCUUAAAAAAGAAACAAAAAUUGGCAAGAAUAAUGAGAAAUUAAUUAAUAAAAGAAAAGAAAAUUCUGCUGCAGGUAGCAGAUUUUUUCAGGGUGGAAAAAGAGAUGUUAAUUUUCAUUUUCUGUGCGCCUUCAAAAGACAAUAAAAAAAAUA